UCUACAUGCUUCUAGUCUCCUCAUGGUUCCUUCCUAUUCUGGAACCAAAGACUUGCCUCAAGGCCUUCUUUGGCAAUUACCCUCACCAAGUCAACGGAAUCAACCGUCGAUGUUAUUGACAAGCUAACAACAAUAAAAGAGUACGAGUCACGCCGCCUGAAUCAGUGCUCCCCAUAGCCGAGUGACUGUUAUAUACAACCAUAGCCACCUGUCAGUUGCACCAACGCUUGCCCAGCUGGGAAGAACAAGUCUAGUAGCCAAGCAUUGCCCCAACACAGCACAAUUGUAACACAGGCGUAGACGGACUCCAGAUACAUCCCAAUUGAUUUCAUCAACGAUAAUGGACCUCCUGUUGUCGGUGUUUUCUCUCUGCAUUCAUUUCAGAUAUGUUUUGGGGGCAUAUUCUUCUCUGACGGAUGAGGUGUCAGCUGUGCUGGACAAGCUUCUAGACAAUUACAACAAAGACGUUCGCCCAGGACUUGGGGAUGAGCCUGUACUAAUCGAGACCCACGUCUCUAUAAGAAGUUUUGGAAAGAUCUCGGAAAUGGAAAUGGAUUACUCCUUCCAGUGCUACCUCCGACAGAGAUGGCACGACGAUCGUCUCAAAUUCCAUAUGGACAACGUCACUGAAUUCACCCUCAGCAAUCGUUUUCUUCAGUAUAUUUGGAAACCAAACACCUAUUUCCUGAAUGGCAAAAAUUCCAAAGCUCACAACAUCACCGUUCCCAACGCAUUUGUUCGGAUUCGAAACGACGGGCAUCUGUAUAUGUCUCGAAGACUGACCGUGAACGCAAAGUGUCCAAUGCAUCUUCACAGUUACCCUAUGGGUAAAAUCAAAUGUCCUCUGAAACUUGGAAGCUUUGGCUAUACCACGGACGAUAUGGUAUACUUCUGGAAGGGGGCGGUCGAUACGUAUGAAGGUCUGACAAUGUCAACGUUUGAGCUUGGAAUAAUUGAAACAUACAACACGACGUCAAGAAAUACUUUAGGAAAAUUUUCUAUUCUUGGAGUUGACAUACAUAUGCAUCGCCAUAUUGGAUUUUACAUCCUGCAGACUUAUCUCCCUUGCUACCUGAUUACCUCCCUUUCAUGGAUAUCAUUUUGGAUCAAUAGUGACGCUGCACCUGCGAGAGUAUUGCUAGGAGUUACAACAAUCCUGAGCACCGCUGCUAUUGGGAUGACUGUUAGAGAAGGGUUACCCAGAGUGCCAUACGCCACGGCAUUAGACAUUUUCCUCAACGUGUGCUUGGUGUACGAGAUGGCGGCCCUGAUCGAGUACGCGGCGGUCAACUACUUCAUGACAAUAUGCGCCAAACUUAAUGCACCGCACGAAGAGGAUGAAGAUGAAAUUGUUCCACCUCCGCCUCAAAGAAAAGCUAUCUACGUAAACGAGACGGAUGAACGGGAACGGGAGAUUCUGAUAGAAGGGGAUGAAUGCAUUGAGAUGGAGACGAGUAGAUACAGCAGCAGUUGCUGCGCCAACUCCUGGCGUUGUUUGAUCGGCAGUAGCAACUACAGGCCUGCAAAGAGCGAGUUAACUGCCUACGAACCCGGAACCAACGUGAACCGAAUAGACAAGACAGCAAGGAUAAUGUUUCCGGGGUCAUUUAUAAUUUUAAACACUUUGUAUUGGAUAGGAUAUCUUUACUUAAUGGAAAGCUGACUAUUUUCACCUUUUUCUUGUUUCAAAAAGUUGGUUGCUAGUUCUUUACCUAUGUCGUUACGUUAUUACCUGACAUCUAAUGUCGUUGUGUCGUUAAGGUUUGCUGAAUGCAUGGCGUUAAUAUCUUGAACAUACUUAAAACUAUUUUUCUGUUCUGUAUUGCUUGUAAUUUCACACUGUGGGUGAAAACUGAAACAGCUUAAAAGGCAAC